GCAACAUUUCGACCGCUUCCACAAAACUUGUAUGAAUUGAUAUUUCUCCAAAAUGAAGCCUUACUCGAUUUUACUGACUGUUUUUAUGUUUUUCUUCACCAUUGCAUCAGCAACAGUUUCUGAUAAAAACAGUCAUCUGUGUGAGAGACUAAAAGGAAAAGAAUUGUACAAAAUGUAUUGUUACCAACAUAGCAUCUAUAAUCAAUGCAAGAAGACAUGUUCAGAAUCAUUGCUUCUGAAGGAUAAUGGCAAUAAAAAAUACGUCGAGAACGGUUGUCCAUGGGGAAAUUAUAAAAAUUAUGAAGAUGUUUAUAUGGACUCAAACUGCAAUACAAAGAUACAGGCUAAAAAUGGCUGCGAUAAGUACUGCAAGAAACCCUCCAACGUUGCCGACAAAACUAUAGGAUGGAACUGCUGCCUAGCCUGUGUAGAUUCUUGUGGAAAAACCCCGGCACGUGAUGCAACUUUUAAUACUGCUUAUCCAGAGGUAUUCGCGUCAAAAACUAGAGCACUGAGGACACUUUUAUCAGAUCUAAUGAGAGCGACAAAAAUUCUUAAAUAAUCUCAUAAGAUGUCUUCCUACAUGCUUUACAUGUACUGGUAGGUUUAUGUCAUUUAUUGUCAAAAAUCGCUCAGUUGGCAGAAAUAAAAACUUGUCAAUC